ACAAAUUUCCCUAAUAAUUCAGGAUAUACUAAGGCAUACAACUUCAAGAAUACAAGCAUAUUCAAUUGAUUGUAUAUUCUUCACUUUCUUCUUCCCACCUGAAAAUCAAUGAAAGCCAUCAACAAAUCUCCACAUAUCUUCUACCUUCUCCUCGUCCUGAUUAUCCCAAAUUGCCACUCAGAACCAGACCACAACGCCUUAGUGUACCACCACUGCACCAAUAACAACCAACCACCCACAUCAACAUCAAUGUCCGAAACCCUCUCAUCUCUCUUCGAAUCCCUCAUCAAGCAGUCCACAAACUCCACCUUCCACAGACAAACCACCGCCCAGACCGGCGUCCCUAUAUCGGCGGAGUACCAGUGUAGAGGGGAUAUGAGUUUAAUGGGCUGCAAAAGCUGCGUAACUCAGCUAGGCAUUUUGUCCAACAGGUUUUGUACAGGAGCGAAAACAGGGCGUGUACAGUUGAGAGGCUGCUAUGUGCGGUACGAGGCGGAUGGAGAGGAAGAGAAGGAUGAGGAGUAUGGGGAGCUGGUGCAUAAGGAGUGUGGAGAAAGAGAGGUGGGCGGCGGCAGUGGCGGAUAUGAGGCGGCGGCGCUGUGGGAAGUGGAAGAGGGGAUUUUGAGGAGUGGGAGUGGGUAUUAUGAGGGUAGGAAAGAGGGAGUGAGAGCAGUGGCACAGUGUGAAGGAGCGUUGUUGGGAUUGGGGUGUGAUUGUGCGGAGUGUGUGAGUCGUGCUGUGGAGGUGCUGCGUCAGGACUGCCGUGGAAGCCUUGAUGGGAGUGUUUAUUUGGGUGGAUGCUAUGUUACCUAUUACACUUACCAUCUACUAGGUGGAAAGAAGAAUGGUUCAAGUGGAAAGUUGGUAGCAAUUGUGCUGGGUGGUGCAGCGACUCUUGGACUGGCCUUUAUUCUAUUGAUAUUUUUCAAGACUUGUGGAAAAAAAGACGAUCAUUAAUUAACAUCAUGAAAACUUUCAAAAAUUAGUAAAAAAAUAUAUAUGAUAAUUAAAUUUAUUCCAUUCCAUUUUCUAAAUUACAAAAAUAGCAAAUUUAAAAGUUGAUAAUCUUAUGAUUAUCGA